AUGGUUUCAGGUCUCGAGAUGGACCGUUCAUCCCACCAUGCCAAGGGAAGCCCCGCGAUGACUCCGCAGUUGAGACAGAUUGGAGACCGAUUAGCUGCAGAUUCAUGGCAUAUUGACGCGCUCCUGCCGCCACAUGCUGGCGAGAUGGUGUACGAGGAUCUCCAGCCUGUAGCCGCCGCUAUGCAAGAAUGCGAAGUUUUGCAAGAGGGAAACGAGGCUUCUGUGUUCGACGACGAAGAGCUGGGGGUACAGGUUGUCGAGUUGCUAGGGAGGAGGUGUGGCGUGGCCUUCCCCUGCAGCUCUAUAUUGCGAUAUCUGUGCUUGCACGUGAAGGUGACCCAGUUCCUACGCGUUAUCCACUCCAUCGUUUCUGGAAAACAGAAGGACGGCUGCUGUAGAGCACGGGAGACUACUUGUGCAACUGCUGCGCGUGUGCCACGAUUUCAUUUCUUUGAUCAGCAUCAACGUAUUUCCGUGCGUUUUUGCUCGGAGUUGGCCUGCUGCAAUGUUUGGCUGCAAACGUUAGUGACCACUCGUCGACGGUUUGUCCCCAAUACGUCAUCGAGCACCAACAUGCGCUUACCCAAGCCCCGGCUGCGACCCGACUUCUUGCAGACGCUGGACAAGUUCUUUUCGUUUGAGGUAGAAAUCGUGGACGACACCAAGCGCUAUCGGUACAUCGACAUCAGCAAUACUCGGAGUGUGGCGGACAUCGGCGAUGACCGCGCCUUGCUGCCGCUCAAACUAGAAGAUGGCUGGCAGCGCGUAAACAUCGACUUGGAAAGGACAGUACGCCUAGUGUUCGGGUCAUCUUACCUCACGACGUCGCAGGUCACGGUCCGCGCGAGCGCGAGGGUCGCCAAACUGUUUUUCCAGAGCCAGCCAUUUUCGGACUACGAGCUCCCGAGCCAUCUCCGAGUUGUCGCUGAGUAG